CGUCCGUCUUGCUUUUUCCGAGUACCCAUGAAUGCAACCCAGGAUUUGACACCAUUGACAGCCAACAUGGCGCUCGCAAUGUAGAGCCAACCAGUCAACAUCUAACCGCUUUGCUGUCACUGCUUUAUUGUCAGCUGUCAGCUUUUUCUCUGGCUGCUGUGGCUAAGCGAGAGAGUGGCCAAUUGUUCAAAAACAAGUGACGGCGUUGGAGCUCGCAUGGACGCAGAUUGGACUUCCACACCUCGAGCGAUAUGUCUCUUGGAGUAGUGUCGUCACCAGAUUUCCUCUGGUGUAACACUGUGUGCCACUCAGUGCAGCAGGAGCACUCAAUUUCUGCCGGCAUGCCUUGACAAGCUUCAGAUGUGCGGCACCAAGUCAUGCCGGUAAAGUAAAAUCCUCUGUGAAGCACCCUCUCACUGGUCCAAUCCUCAUUUGGUGCUGAUGUCAUCAACAUCAGCCAAGCCCUGCGGCACCCUUCUCUGUCCUGAGUCUGGACUUUCAGCCGCAAUGGACUCUCUGUCCAUGUCUUCCCUUUUAUCUGGGGAGUUGGACAUGGAUGGGGUCCAAGGAAGUGAAGGAGGGGAAGACGAGGACGAUCUGGGAGACCUAGAAGUGAACCCUUAUGAUGGCCUGCCUUUUUCUUCACGCUACUACGUCCUUCUACAGGAGAGGCAAAGGCUUCCUAUAUGGACGCUCAGGCAAAAUCUGCUGGAGCACCUGGAGAACCACAACAUGGUGUUGGUCAGCACACGUAGUGGAGAUGGAAAAAGCACCCAGGUGCCACAAUGGUGUGUGGAGUAUGCUUUGUCCUAUGACUUUUCUCACGGCAAGGUGUGCUGUUCUCAGCCUCAUUCAGUGGCAGCAGUGAGUUUGGCUCUUCGUGUGGCGGAUGAGAUGGACCUCAGCCUGGGUCUGGAGGUGGGCUACAGGGUGGCUCAUGAUGACAGUUGUACACCAGACACCUUGCUCAGGUUUGUCAGUGACACGCUGCUGCUGGAGGAGAUGAUGUCAGACCCCUUGCUGCAUCAAUAUGGUGUUGUCGUCUUGGAUGAGCUCCAGGAGCGCACGGUGGCAACAGAUGUGCUUCUUGGCCUUCUGUGCGACGUCUGCCGCCAGAGGCCAGAUAAUUUCCGUGUAGUUCUCCUUGCUCACCUAAGUCUUGCUCCUCGGCUCGCUUCCUUCUUGGGCCCCUCCGUCCCACUCCUCUCCAUGGACAACCUCCUCUCUGAGCCCCUGACAAAUAUGCAGGAAAAGGAAUGUGAGACUAAAGAGGAGAGGGACAUUGCGACCCUGAACAGCGUGGAGAUAAUGUACAGAGAACUUUCUCCUGGGAAGGAACCUGUUGCCGCUGCCUGUCACAUGGUUCUAGAUCUGCAUCGAAGAGGAGAGGAAGGCGAUAUGAUGGUGUUUCUUGCCAGUGCACAGGAAAUAGAGGAGUGUGCUGCCCAGCUGGAGGCAGAGGCCGUAGGUCUGAGUCCUCAUCUGGGUUCUGUCAAAAUCAUCCCCCUCCACACUGGACUAGGUGUGCUGACCCAAAGAGUGUACGAGUCCAGCACCGAAACAUCUAUUUACAGGCAAAGUGAUGAUUCAGAGGGAAUGGAAAGCUUGACGAUGGGAGCAGAAGGUCCAGGCAUCAAGAGGAAAGUUAUCCUCACUGAUACCCUGGCUGAAGGUUCUUUCUCACUGCCAGGCAUUCGCUAUGUCAUAGACACGGGCCUUCAGCUCAAAACUGUUUACAAUCCUCAGAUAAGGGCAAACUCACAGAUCUUGAGGACAAUCAGCAAAACACAGGCUGACAUGCGAGCUCAAAGAGUAAAUAGCCACCUUCCUGGGUUGUGUGUGUACCUAUACCCGCAGUCUCUGUAUGAUGGUGGAUUGGAGGCAGCUUAUUGUCCGCGGGUAAUGGAGGAAAAUCUAAGCCACUUAGUCCUGUUGCUCAAGAGGCUGGAUAUUGCUGACAUGGGGCAAUGCAAGUUCUUGGACAGACCAGCCCCUGAGGCUUUAAUGCAGGCCUUGGAGGACCUUGACUACUUGGCAGCACUAGAUGAUGAUGGUAAUCUAUCAGAAGUGGGCAUCAUCAUGUCAGAACUGCCGUUGGAGCCACAUUUAGCUAAAGCCCUGAUUGCUGCGUGCGAGUACGACUGUGUUAACGAGCUGCUCACAAUAGCUGCAAUGUUGACAGCUCCUUCCUGCUACUUGACACCAGAAGCCAACAGAGAGGAGGCUGCCAUUGCACACUGGCGACCUCUAAUGCACACAGACGGCGACCACAUGUCUCUCAUCAACAUCUACAAUGCUUACAUGGAGCAUAAUCAGGAUGAGGCAUGGUGCACAACACAUUUCCUGAACCAUGCGGCCUUGCAUCUAGCUGUGGUUAUCAGGGCCGAGUUGCUGGAGGUCAUGCAGCGAAUAGAACUUCCUGUGUCGCCUCCUGCUUUUGGAUGCCAAGACAACUGCACAAAUAUUAAGAGGGCCCUCAUCUCCGGCCUUUUUCUCAAAGUGGCUCAUGACGUAGACGGUUCCGGUAACUACCUCCUGCUGACACAUCGCCAUGUGGCUCACCUGCACCCCCUCUCUUUCUACCUUUGUCAUCAACCGUGUCCCACCCAUCCAUCCUGGGUCCUCUACGACGAAUUCACCAUCUCCUGUGACAACUGCAUCCGCAUUGUUUCUGAGGUCCACCCCCAAAUGUUGGUGGAGCUCGUACCUCAGUACUUCCUGGGAAACCUCCCCUCUAGUGAUGGCAAGGAGCUGCUAAUCAAGCUGAGGCAGAGCGUCGAGCCUUCCUCUGGAGAUGGCGCACCUAAUUGGUUGGGAGAGACGCACAAUCAGUCCAGCACUGAGCUUUGUGUUGUCCAAUGAACAUCAUUAACUAUGUGACACACUUUUAUCAUUUGCUCGUACUGGAAAACACUAAUCGUUUUUAGUUAGAUUUUUACAUUCAAGCUCGUUCUGCUCAUUCUGGCGUACUGUUAACUUAUUUCUAACUUUUUAAUAUUUAAUUAUUUUUAUGUUUACAGUGGAUACUUUUUCCUUGAAGUCAUUCUUCAGAAAAAUAGCGACUUGCACAAAAAUGCAAGGUAAAGGGAAGCUCGAUAUUUAAAUGAACCUGAAGUGUCAUUUUACAUAUAGAAUGAUAUAGUACACUACAGCAGGGGUGUCCAGAGUGCGGCCCGCAGAUCCCUUUUUAUUGGGCCAUAGCACAUUCUAAAAAUAGAGUCAAACCAAAGAAAAGGAUACAAAUAUAAGUAGAGAGAACACAAAACAGCAAUAUGGCGUCAUGUAAUGAGAAAAUGUUUAAAAUGUUCUACUAAUGAUAUGCUAUAACAGACAAAGAUUGUUAGCUCUUAUACAUAUCUUUCUUAAUAUAAUGGUGGUUGGCUUUUAACUGUUUACAAAACGUCCUGUGAUUUUUCAGUACACUGGUACCUCGGUUUUCAAUACUAUUUAUUUAUAAAUAUAUAUUAAAUCAAAACUUUUUUUUUACUAUAGUGGUAUGCCAGUUUUAGUUUAGUUUAUCAAACAUGUAUUAAAUAAAUAAAAUUUGCCACACAUUGUGUAUACAUACACACAAAUUGGGGCCUUGAGCAGAAUUUUAUUUGCAAAAUCUUCACUUUUUUUUUUACGCGAAACAAUUUUUAUACUUGUACUUUUAUACUACGGGAGGGGUGGGAGGGGCCCUAUGCACAGCGCAUAAUUUGCGUAUAAGCCCUGUCCUUACAUACCACGGAUGAAGUGUGGGCAGUGGCGACAAAAGCAUUGGCAGGAUCUGAACAACUGGCACAAAGCAAACGAGCACAACCACAACUUGUGAGGUUAAAAGUCUGCCUUUUUUCAGUAUGGCGUCAUACCUCGGCCGCAAAGACACUUCCUACUGAUGACUUUCCCAUGUCCAAAGGGCAUGGUAUGGUAUGGAAUAAAGCGAUGGAAAGCAAGUUGCUUCCGCACAAUCAACCUGUACAGCAAGACCACCAAGCCUCCUUUGCCAGUGUAAGGCAUUUGGUACGUUCCUUGUGAAACACGCAGGCAAGGCCAUCAAGCGGCAAAAGGUGGAAGCCUUAUCAAGUUGCAAUAGAAAGCAGAAUCCUUCGGAAACACCAGGAAAUCGUGGGCAUGAUAUGCCAGGGACGUCUGGCCCUUGCACACUCGACCAAGAAGAGACCUCUUGCUACAGAGAAUCCAUGAGGCAGCAGAGGAAGACCGCCAGGUGAACGCAAUUGGACUUGCCUCCAAGGGUUGAUGCGACCAGUAGGGAACUGUGGCAAACUGACCAUGGGAAGUUGAGCUUUCUCCUGCGCUCUGACUGACCACUUGCCAACCCAAAGCAACCUGAAGAUCUGGGACUGAGCGAAAGACUUGUAAGAAAUGUGAAGAAGCCUCUUGUACACUAAACCACAUCCCGACCGGCUGUCCAAGGGCACCACCGAUGGAGGCACGACAAGGUCCUUACAGAAAUUGUCACAAUGGUGGAACAAUAGCUAGUCAAAACCAACAACAAGCAGGCCUAAGACAUUGCCUUUUUGAGAGAAGGGGACAAGGCUCAUAAGAUCUCCACAGUUUUAUAACUUAUGUGCCUCCAACUAGGAGAUGAGGGAGCUUGUCUUCCCACAAGACAUUGGGCAGUGUCCCACCUCCGAUCAGACAUGGUCCUGCUUUCCAGGAGCACAAAAGACAUCAUAGUUGUUGAGCUCACAGUGCCCAGAGAAAUAAGGCUAAUUACUUCCCGACAACUAAAAAAGCCAAAUACCAAUACCUGUGGCCUUCUUCAAGUCGGCUUCCGGGUGUUCCCAGCAAAAUCACUGCGCUACUUCCUCCAGGUGGUAGGGCUAGAGCCUGAAGAGCAGAAAAAAGCCAGGAGGGACACAGCGCCGCAUCAGCCGAGUCAGUUCACAAUGGCUGUAGUUGACGACAGAGCAGUUGGAAACCUUCUGCCGAUGAAGCCUAGUCAGUCUUCUCUGCCCUAUUCUGGUGAGGUGUACAGAUUGAAACACCUGUGAACCUGAGAUUUUUUUCUAAAGAUGCGUUCCAACAAUGUGAAUGCUCCAAGGAAUACCCUCUCAGAGAAAGACCUGCAUCUCCUCAGUUAGUGGAGUUCCUACAGUUGCAGCUUGGCAAAGCAUCUCUGACAUUGACUUAAUCUCAUUGGCCUAGUUUUGCUUAGGUGGUUAGCAGCAUAACUCAAAAAGGCUUUGGGCGGAGUUGCAUGAAUCUUUCAGGAAUUGUCCGAAAUGGGAUGAAAAAACAAACAAACGAGGGAUUCGAUUUAGGGGCUGAACUGCAUAAUUUCUACUAUUUUACCUCUCGUUUACAUUACAAGGCCCAACUUCUCUGUGUUUGGUUGAGACAAAGAUAGUAGAUGACUGCAAAGAGGAUUCACUACAUUUAUUUCAUCGAGCGCAGAUGGGACCUGCCUGAGGUCUAUGCUCUCGGUGCUUACUAGAUAUAAUUUUUCGUUUACUAUACUGGACUACAGCUUGGUUUUUAGCCAGACAAAAACUAAAUCGUAUGAGAACCGAAGCAUAUUUUCCGAUAAGAAUUAAUCACGCAAAUCCAAUUACGAUAAUCUGUUCCAGACACCCAGAUUUUUUAGAGAAUAAUGAUAGUUUUACAUGCAGAAUUAAAUGUGAAGUACAUACCAUAUAUUACAUUUAACGUCAGUUUUACCUUUUUUGAAGACACCUGUGGGUAAAAACUUUUGCAGUCGUACUCCAUUUAAAAACAAAAACAAAAGUACAGAGCUGAUUCUUUGUUUGGACACUCGAUUCCAUGAAUGAUAGACGCGGCAAAACUUUGGUGAAAUAUUUCACAGUCAUACAAGAGUGGGGCGUACAAAAACCGAAGUACCACUGUAAACGGCCCUCGGUGGACACCCCUGCACUACGUUGAGCACGCGUGCUGUCACUGCUGGACCUUCCACAUCUAUGCAGAUCUUGCCUCUGGAGAAUCAUUGCGGUGUGUGAUGAUCUCCAGAUUAUGGCAGAACAUAUUUUUGAUACUAGAAUUCUGUUUGUACAUUCUUUGUGGAUCCUGCCUUCCUUUUUAUGUUUGGCUUUGUGGCAAUAAUAAAUGUCUAAUGUUAUUCAACUGAA